UACAAAUUAAUGAUGUUUCUGGAGUUUUGGUAUCCUGUGCCUAAAUGAUUAAAAUGUCACAAUGAUUAAAGACAUCUUGAUCUCACUUUAGUAUCUUCUCAUCUUCUUAUCAAUUGUUGUUUAUGUUCUAGUAGAGGGCUGAGAAGUCAAUUUUUGUGAGAUGUGACCCCCUUCUAAAUACUCAGUGGGCAAUGAAGUGGCAGAGUCUAGGGAAACAGCUGGGGAGAAGGGUGAACACUGAGGCUCACAUGAAGAAGGCCAGUUCAGGAGAGCGAGACUGGCUGAACUGUGAACACAGGGCAUCAUGGAAUAACAAGAAGCUGUCCUGCCCCCACCAGGUGUUGGCCUACAUCAACGGGUCCGUGUCAAGCAACCCUGGAGUAUCCCUGGUCCACGCCAUGCCCUCUCGGAAUGUGUCCCUGAGGCUGCAGGGUCUCCAGAAAAAAGACUCUGGCUCCUACAGCUGCUCUGUGAAUGUGCAACACAAGGGCCAUGACAGCAAAACUGUGGAACUCAAUGUGCUGGUUCCUCCAGCGACUCCAGCCUGCAGACUCCUGGGUGUGCCCCGUGCAGGGGCCAAUGUGACCCUGAGCUGCCAGUCCCCGAGGAGCGACCCUGCGGCUCAGUACCAGUGGGAGCGGCUGUCCCCACUGCCCCAGGUCUUCUUUCCACCAGUUUUAGGUGAGGGAAUUUCUGGAAACCCUGAGGCUGUGGCUGGAGAAGGGGUCUAAGUGGUACCACAGGAUGGGUGGGAGGAGGAGGUAUGCUGAAAAGGUCAGGGGGGAAGGAUGAGGAGGGGAGAGGAAGAUGCUUUCAUGUAUCACAGACUGUUGCUAAAGAGGCUCUGGAGCUGGACUGCUUGUGCACAAAUAGAAUACUGUAUUGCAUGUAAUCAGGUAUUACAUUUUGUGGUUAAAUAAUAUUUAUAAAUCACUUAGAAUAGUAUAUGACGCAUAGUAAAUGUUA